AAGAGGAGGAACAGGACGACCUUCACCAGCUUCCAGCUCGAGGAGAUGGAGAGGGUCUUUCAGAAGACGCAUUACCCGGAUGUCUACGCCAGAGAACAGUUGGCCCUGAGGUGCAGCUUGACGGAGGCACGGGUUCAGGUGAGUUGA